GAAAAGCCGGAGGACUCCAGGUUCGAUGCUGUCCCUCAGGGCUGUCGUGUGCGGGCAACGGCAGUUACGAUGGGAACUACUGCUGUCCAGAUUCCACAGACUGCUCCUCCUCGGCGUAUAAUCACCCCAAGGUACCUCGCGCCGUUCCCCAGUGCGAUACACCGAGACGAGUAUCGUGCUAACAACCCAGUGUCCUGAUCCGACUUGGAGUAUGUGGGUAGCCAACGAUACUGUCAACGACAAGCCGGAUACUGGCGCGUGGUGUUGCAAGCCAGACUACAAAGGCGUAUAUCGAGAUAACGGCACCGCCAACUACUUCUGUACGGCAACAAGCAUCUCCACUCUUCAGCUUAGCUACUACUGGGCACAUAUGCUUACUACCACAACAUCGUGCUCUUUGACUGCAACGCCGGCUGGUCUAUCAAUAGCUACAUCUGCACUUCUGUCCUCGACUACAUCCAGUGCAACGUCUGCUGGUACUGGAACAGGCGCAGCAUCCAGCACAGGCACUCGAUCUGAGUCGACUAAUGCAUCAUCCCCGGGCAGCAAAGAGCAGGCUGGCAUCCCAGUCGGAGUCAAAGUUGGAGCAGCUGUCGGAUGCGUGGCCGGCGCCGCACUGAUCGUCGCAGUUAUCCUCUUCAUCAGAAAGAGGAAGCAAAAGACGAUAGAGGGAGUUACGUUGACUGGGGACACGGAAGAGGGACGGGGCAAACCUGAAGCCCAAUACUUUCACAAGGGAACUAGGCGACCUAGUGAGCUGGGGACAUUUGAGCGAACCGUCGAGCUAGAUGGUGCUAAACCGACGUAUGAGCUUGACGCGACGAGGAAAGAAGACCAAUAUGACGUUGUGUCUCCGAUGAGUAUGCGGCCAGGCAACUAAAAGGCGUCAUAGACAAAUUAAAGAUGAUGAACAGCAAGAUAUAUCCAUAGCCUUGAUCCAAGUGGGUUGUUUG